AUGUCGGCUGACUUCUGGGCUGGCUAUCUGAGCGGUGCUGUUGGAAUUAUUAUUGGAAACCCGCUCGAUGUGAUCAAAGUACGACUUCAGGCGCAACACAACACCCCCGUCUCAAACACGCCUCCCAACCCGGUCCUUGGAACAACAGCAGCAGCUCACGCAAUUAGCCAAGGCCCCUCGCCAUAUGCUCGCUACUUUGGAAACUCCGCUUCUCUGGUCACUGGUACUGCUGCGCCAAUCCUUGGGUAUGGCGCCCUGAACGCUCUUCUCUUUGUCUCUUAUAACCGCACCGAGGCGGCAUUAAACAAUGCCUUUUCGACUUCAGGAAACCUCUGGAAUACAUGGAUUGCCGGCGCCGUUGGAGGUCUUGCAACUUGGGUUGUCAGCACUCCCACUGAGCUCAUCAAGUGUCGAGCACAGCUUGCUUCCCCACCCCUGUCGAGCUGGGCCAUCACGAAACAGAUAUGGCGAAACGAAGGCAUUCGUGGUCUCUACUUUGGUGGCGUUGUGACGGCGCUGCGUGAUAGUAUUGGUUAUGGGUUCUACUUCUGGUCCUACGAACUGAGCACUCGCUGGCUCGCCACCCAACCAGGAGAGGAGUCCUCGUUUCAGCAUGAGGCUGCAAAAGUUCUUUUGUGUGGAGGAUUAGCUGGUGUCGCGACUUGGGCUAGCAUCUUUCCUCUCGAUGUCAUCAAAACUCGAGUCCAGGCUCAGCCCUGGGUUCAACAAGCAGAAACAUCUCCCCUCCUUCAAUCAAAUGGUGUCUCGCGGCCCAGCAGGACUGGCGCGCUUCAGAUUGCACAACAAGCAUACAGGGAAGAAGGCGCCCGGGUGUUCUUCCGAGGAUUGACUGUCUGCAGCGUGCGAGCCUUCAUGGUCAAUGCCGUCCAGUGGGCGGUCUAUGAAUGGGUCAUGUAUGAGUUGGGACAGGGCCGAAAACAAUCUGUCUCAGACGGCAUGCAGGUUGAGUUGGCUCAGACAUGA